CGGAAGUGUUCUGUCCUUUCAUCCGGCGGCGACAACACGUUCCCAUGUCUGUAACUUGGAUUUUAUGAAGUCCGUUUGUAACAUCGCGGUUGAAUUACUCAAACCCGGAGCCGCUCACAGUCCGGCCGCAGCUCACAGUCGACUCGGAGCAGAGAUGUGUAAAGAGCUCAAGACCAAAGUGCUGCGUUUACUGCCGCCGACCUCCAAUGGGCCGUCUGUUCACCAGGGGGAUCAAACAGAUGGUGCUGAAAUCCUGAGUUGCACGGUGAAGGCUCUGAAGGAGGGUCACGUGGUUGCUGUGCCCACGGACACCAUCUACGGCCUGGCAUGUCUGGCCCAGAACUCCGAAGCCAUCAGAAAAACCUACGACAUCAAAGGACGUAAUGGACAGAAGCCGCUCGCCAUCUGUGUCGGAGAAACUCAGGAUAUCUAUAAGUACUGUAAGGUGCCGGUAAAGGAACCACUGCUAGAGGACCUGCUGCCUGGUCCCGUCACUCUGGUGUUUGAAAGAUCUGAAGUGCUGAACACAGAUCUCAACCCCUUUACUUCGCUUGUAGGUGUGCGUAUCCCAGACCACGCCUUCAUGAGACGCCUCUGCCAGAUGUGUGGGGAACCCCUCGCACUUACCAGCGCUAACAUCAGCUCACACACCAGCACUGUGGCCGUACAUGAGUUUCAGGAACUGUGGCCCAAACUAGCAGUGGUGGUCGAUGAAGGACCAAUAGGAGAUCAGAGCCGCCUCGGAUCAACAGUGGUCAACUUAUCUGUGCGGGGCAAAUACAGCAUCAUCAGACCCGGCUGUGCCCUUUCUUGUACGGUUGACGUGCUGGAGCACAAAUAUGGACUGUCAGAGGAAUGACCUUUGAACUCUCCACACUCCACAACAAACGCCAAGACGCACAAUGAGCGUUGACCCCGGGUGUCCUCAGACAAGAUGAAUCCUGUCUGAAUGUCCACAUGGAAGAAUUUGCCUUUCCCGGGAAAGACUAGAACUCAGGAACAACUUGAGCGUUAAACCGCUGAUGGCCGAUAUCAUUCUAGUAGUUGCUUUAGGGUCUGGACUUUUUUUGGUUUUAUGAUGACCAUAUUUCCGCCUUACUAUGGGUCUACCAUUAUGGGAUUAUGUAGGAUUUUAAGUGUCACAGUUCUCUACCAUUUUAUUCAGAAAACUAGAACAAUGUCAGCUAUAUAGGAUUUAAACUAAAUCUUUUUGUAUUUUCAACAUGGCUUAACCAAGAAUACAAUGUUUUGUUUUGUUUUGUUUUUGUAUUUUUUGACUUAAUAUGUUAGAGGUGUAGUAGGCAACUGUUUAAUGGCCAGAAAACUUCUAAGUGAUUCUGUGAAUCGCAUUGACUAUACAUCAGAUCUUUUUGAGUCCAGAACUAUUUUUCAAUAAAUUAUGAAUCCCCUUUUAUUUAUUUCAUCCACGUCAGUUUAACAGUGGUUUGCAUUGCAAUUGGUCUCCUUCCAGUUACAAUAACGGUUUUAUGAAACUUAAACUACAAUACAUUUACAAGAUGAAAAAUACUGUAAUAUUUCAAAGUGUUGAUGCAGUGUGAAAUUCAUCUGUCCUCUUGCAGGUUAAAACCUGGAGCGUUUUUUGAAGUUCUCAUCACCUGCUGUUAACUGGUUAUGACGAAUUGUACAACCUUAUACACCAAUAAAACUUUUUCUGUAAGAGUCUUA